UAGUCGAAUUAAGGCACAUGUGACCCGGAAGUGAUACCGCCGGAAGGAAACGCGGGUUUACCGGAAGCCGCCAUCUGCUGCAGCACGCCAGUUUGCUUUGUUAAGUCUAGUCGGUAUUCAUAUUCGCUACGACUGCAGUCUGAACAAAAACAUGAGUCUUUUGAAUAAGCCCAAAUCGGAGAUGACGCCGGAGGAGCUGCAGAAGCGGGAGGAGGAGGAGUUCAACACGGGCCCGCUGUCCGUGCUCACCCAGUCGGUGAAAAACAACACGCAAGUCCUCAUCAACUGCCGAAAUAACAAAAAGCUGCUGGGCCGUGUUAAGGCGUUUGACAGGCACUGCAACAUGGUGCUGGAGAAUGUGAAGGAAAUGUGGACUGAGGUCCCUAAGAGCGGGAAGGGCAAGAAGAAGUCCAAGCCGGUCAACAAGGACCGCUAUAUCUCCAAGAUGUUCCUGCGUGGUGACUCAGUCAUUGUGGUGCUGAGAAACCCACUCAUCAGUGGGAAAUAGUCCCCCCCCCCCUUUAGAUGAAUGGUGAACAGUCUCAGUCCUCGGCGAUCACAUGCUAUGGUCCAUCAUUUUGGUCUUUGAUUUGUUUAUUUGGUUAAUUAAAGCCCACACUCUGUAUAAUGUAUUCAUGUUAUGUGUAACUUGUAACUUCGUUACAGAUUUUUUUUUUACCAUCUCCCCCCCCCCCCCAAAAAAAAAAUAUAUUUCUGAGGGAAAUCUGGAGCCACUAAUUGGGACUUCAAGGCUGGAACCUAGACUGGGUCUAACAACCUUCCAGCCAGUCGCCAUGUUACAGAUUGUGGUCAUUUUCUCCAUGUGUCUUGUUCCCUAGUAUCUGGUUGUCACCUCAUAGAACUUAAUGAGUCAUUGAAUGUGUGGUGGUGAGUUUUAAAUGCGGUUCACAUUAAGAUCCUUUUUUCCUGUUAUUAAAAUGGCUUCUUUGUAUUGAACCAGAGAAUAGGUUUAGAUAAGACUCGAUGUUAACCGGACAGUGGAAAUCUGACUACUAUGUGCUUCCCCUCAAAUGAUUCCAAAUGACUCGCCUGUUAAGUUGGGCUACAAUUUUGGAUAUCUCUAUGGCUUUGUAACAUUUGCCAUUUUCUUUGGCGAUAUUUUUUUUCCUAAUAAAAUGAAAAAAAGUUUUUGUCA